AUGCACAAAGAAGAUGUUAUUAUUAAUAACCGGGAAUUAAUAAUUAAAAAGGGUUUAGCCGAUGAUACUUACCAUUCUUACCAAAAAAUAGUAAAUUGGACCCAAGACGACACCUUGCUAACUACCAAAUUAUUCGGGAAAAUAUUUGGGGGAAUAAAAAAAAUGGUAGAAAGAUUGCGGGAUUAUCCCUACUAUUUUUCUGCCCUGCAAAGAAUAAACCAAUUUCUCACUCAACCUGAACGUGAUGAUAUCCAAAAAAAUCUCCUUAUCCCAGAACCUAUUACCAGCAUCUCUUUCCGGCAAGUAAAGCAAGGUAAAGUUAAUCGUCUAAUCGGACAGAAUGGUUCAGGAAAAAGCACACGAAUACUUUUGACUAUGGUUGAUUUAAAUAAUCUUUUUGCUACUAGUGCCGACAAAGAGAUUUUUAUUUUUGACGAAGCUGAUAAUGCUCUCGAUACCAACCGCCGCCAAGAAUUCCGCAAAAAAAUCACCGCCCUUAGUAAAAAGAAAUUGGUUAUUUUGGAGUUCGAUUCUCUUCGUGGGCACCAAAAAGUUAAAAUUGAUAAUUAUGAUACCACAAAAACUUCCGAAAGUGAGGGGUAUUUAUUGAUUGUUCCCAAUCUAACUAUUGCUACUAAUAAAACCACCAGAAUAAAAACCGCGGAAUAUUCGAGACGUGGAGUUUUGGCCAAAGUCACAUUAAAUAUUCCGAACCAAGUUGGUCCCGAAGCGUUUAUUAACUCGUGUCGCGAAGUUCGAAUACAGGGUUUAGAGAGAACAAAACUAGUCGAUGUUAAGAAGGAACAAGGAAUUUUGUGGGGAAAAUAUGAGAUUUUGCUCGAAAAGAAAUUAACCGAGGAAAAAUUAAGCCAGUUAGCGGAAAAAUUGCUUCGCUACCUCUCCGUUAUUCUAGAAAAAGUCAAGAUUCCGGCCGAAAAAUUGCCGACGAUGAGUAUCAAAAAAAAUGAAAUUGGAGGGUUUCUUGAUUUUAUUACUCAGCACAGCCCGGAAAUUGAUAAUUUAAUUAAAUGGGGGGUUUUGGUCUCGGACAACGUCGAAGAAAGAUUAGACUUACUGAUUGAUUUACUCGAUAAGAAGAAAAUUGACAAAAAAGUUGAAACUGAAAUCCGUGAUCGUCUGAAAAAUCAAUACGAAAAAAAUUAUCUACAAGAAAAGUUACGGACAAUUAAAAGAAAACUAGCCGAGAUAGAAAAUUCAGAAGGGGACAAAAAAAACACCAUUAAAAAUGAACCGCAAGAUUAUUUGGAGCAAUUGGAAAAAGGAUCUUAUCCCGAAAGAGUAAAAAAGGUAGCGCGAGAGGAAAUUAAUCGUUACGAAAUGAUGCAGCCUUAUUCUAGUGAAGCCAAACCAUUACGGUUUAACAGAUAUCAAGGAAAGAAUUAUCGAAUAUUUGGCCGAAAAACAUCUUUAGGUCGGUCGAUUGCCGACGCCUUGGGUUUAAAAUUUGCCCAUAUUUCCGUAGCCGGAAUGCGGGACGUGGCCGAAAUAAAAGGACAUCGCCGAACUUAUAUCGGGUCCAUGCCAGGAAGAAUUAUUCAAUCAGUAAAAAAAGUUGGAGUGGAAAAUUUUGUUUUUCUCAUUGACGAAAUUGAUAAAAUUUCCUAUGAUCGUCGGACUAACCCAAUAGAUGCACUACUGGAAGUCUUAGACCCGAACCAAAAUUGA